CGGAAACGCUGGUUGCCAAAAGACAGGAAGAAGAAGAAGUAACCCGGAAGUUCCCCUCGCGUGGUGAACGGAGCACAUUUUACUAAAAAACAAAAACAGAUUAAAAAUCAUUUUGUCAUCUUCCGGAAGAGUCAGCUCACUGAAGUACUCGCCAUGGCGUCCUACACCUGCAUCAGCUGCAGAGUGGCCUUCACAGACGGCGAGGUGCAGCGAGCGCACUACAAGACCGACUGGCACCGCUACAACCUGAAGCGCAAGGUGGCCGACAUGCCGCCGGUCACCGCGGAGAACUUCCAGGAGCGCGUCCUGGCGCAGCGGGCGGCCGCCGAGCAGCAGCUGAGCGAGGCGGCGGCCACCGAGGGCUGCGCCACCUGCAACAAGAGGUUCUCCACCGCCAACGCCUACCAGAACCACCUGCAGUCCCACAAACACCAGCAGGCCGAGAAGCAGGCGCUGCUCGCCGCCCAGAGGAAGGUGGAGAAGAUGAACGAGAAGAACCUGGAGAAGGGACUCGGCGACGAGAAGCUGGACCGCGACGCCCGGAACGAGGCCCUGCAGCAGGCCCUGAAGGAGCAGCAGGGGAGGGCCCAGACGUCGCAGGCAGCGGCGAGGCAGCGGGCCGAGAAGCUGGAGAAACCUCCCAGGGUGAUGUGGCUGGAGGAGCAGGCCAAGAGGAGGGAGAGAGACGAGGGAGCCGCAGCUGGGGAAGAGGAGUGGGAGGACGUCGACGAGGAGGAAGAGGACGAUGAGAUGGAGGAGGAGGAGGAGGAGGAAGAGGAUGAAGAGGAGACGAUGGAUCACGAGGAAGGAGACCCCGCGGCUCCGUCCGACCCCCAGCCCGCCGCUCUGCCGGGCUCCAUCCCCGUCACCGACUGCCUGUUCUGCCCCCACCACUCCAAAUCCCUCAUGAAGAACGUCGCCCACAUGACCAAAGUCCACGGCUUCUUCAUCCCCGACGUGGAGUUCCUCGUCGACCUCAAGGGCUUCGUCCGCUACCUCGGGGAGAAAGUGGGUGCUGGGAACGUGUGUUUGUGGUGUAACGAGAAGGGCCGCUCGUUCUACUCGGCAGAGGCGGUACAGAGUCACAUGACGGACAAGAGCCACUGUAAACUCUUCACAGACGGCGACGCGGCCCUGGAGUUCGCAGACUUCUACGACUUCAGGAGCAGCUACCCAGACAGGAAGGAGGGAGAGGAUGCUGAAAUGGACGAAGAGGAGCUGCCCGAUGACAAGACCCUGGAGUACGACGACGACACGCUGGAGCUGACUCUCCCUUCAGGUGCCAAGAUCGGCCACCGCUCCCUCAUGAGGUACUACAAACAGCGGUUCGGCACUCAGAGAGCGGUGGCGCUGACCCACAAUCGGAACGCCGUUGGCAGAGUCCUGCGGCAGUACAGAGCUCUGGGCUGGGGGGGAGACGGAGGCCACGGCUUCUUUCAGAAACCGAGAGACAUGCAGUACGUACAGAUGAUGAAGUCGAAGUGGAUGCUGAAGAUGGGCAUGAGCCACAACACCACCAGGCAGAAACACUUCAGAGCCCAGGUCAUGUUCUAAACCCGGGGACCACCGAGAGGGGAAUCGAACGUGGAAUGUGACGCGGACUGGUGGAAAAGUUUCCAGUCAAUAAGACUUUUAAGCUCAGAAUUAAGUGCAGCUCCUCGCUCAGUGGCGGGAAGAAACAUCCAACACGCCGACCACGUCAUAUCAGUGCAGCCAUGUUGGUUUGAAGUUUGUUAACAGCAGAUAAAAAUCUAUUUUUUUCCUAGUAGGAAAUCAAAUUCAGACGUCUCUGUGUGGAACGUGUUUGUCCUCUGUAACUCUGCUUGAAACUGACCCCCCCCCCGAUAGGACUCCAGGUUGGAUGUUCUGGUGUCGCAUCACCUUCACCUAGGUGGAGAUCAAGAGCAUGAAUCAUACUUCCAGAAUUAUUUUAAAACUAUAUGGAUCAAGUAAAAGCUACAGUAGAUUGAUAUUAAGGAGUUGGUUUGACUGUUUUGGAAUCAGUUACAUUACAGUACUUGUUAACUAAUGACAGGAUUACAUCUUUAUGAUUUAAUGUGCUCAUACUACAUCCAAACAAAUAAAUGUGUUUCAUAUUUAUUGGA